AUAUAUAUAUGCCUUUCCUACAAAGACUCGCAGCUUUACUAUAUUAGAGGAAACAGAUAUGAACAGAGGCGGCGCCGGCGGAGAUGUGGUGGAAACGGCGGUUAAGAGUCUUGGCAAAGGCUUCGAUUUAACGGCGGACUUCCGGUUAAAAUACUGCAAAGAAGGCGACGGCGCCGCCGGAGAAGACAGAUUGGUCGUCCUCGACGAAACUCAAAACAGAGAAUUACAUGUUCCUGGUUUCGGAGCUUUUAAGAAUGUCUCCACCGAUAUCAACUGCGACAAAGGAGAACGCACUCGAUUCCGUUCCGACAUUCUCGAUUUCAACAAGAUGUCGGAAUAUUUUAAUCAGAGAUCUUCGGUGACCGGAAAAAUACCGUCGGGAAAUUUCAACGCGACAUUCGGGUUUCAAAGCGGGUCAUGGGCAACUGACGCCGCAAACGUUAAAUCUUUAGGUCUCGACGCUUCUAUUGUAACGCUUUUUAAUCUCCAUAUCCACAACCCGAAUCGUUUGCGUCUCACUGAUCGCGUUCGAAACGCCGUUCCGUCGUCCUGGGACCCACAAUUACUGGCCAGGUUUAUAGAGAGGUAUGGGACACACGUAAUAAUUGGGGUGAGCGUAGGAGGCCAAGACGUGGUGGUUGUGAGACAAGACAACUCUUCCGAUCUCGACACCGACCUCCUCCGCCACCAUCUCUACGAUCUCGGCGACCAAUUAUUCACCGGCUCUUGUCUUCUCUCUUCUCGCCGGCCCAAUAAGGCCAAUCAACACUAUCUGGCCAAGUUCCCGGAGGCUUUCAAUGUCUUUGAUGACAAGCAAACGGUUGCUUUCAAUAAUUUUUCGAUAAACUCCAAAGAUGGAAUAACGGUUAUAUGCGCCAAAAGAGGAGGCGAGGGAAGAGCUAAAAGCCAUAGCGAAUGGCUGAUAACAGUCCCGGAAAAGCCCGACGCAAUCAAUUUCAGCUUUAUCCCGAUCACAUCGCUCCUUAAAGACGUCCCUGGCUCUGGUCUUCUCUCUCACGCCAUGUCGCUCUACCUCAGAUACAAGCCGCCGAUAAUGGACCUACAGUAUUUUUUGGACUUCUCUGGGCCUAGAGCGUGGGCCCCGAUCCAUAACGACCUUCCAUUUGGCGCGGCGCCAAAUAUGCCUUCGGCGUAUCCGGCUCUUCACAUCAACUUCAUGGGUCCCAAACUGUAUAUUAAUACCACUCCUGUGACUAGCGAGAAGAACCCAGUCACCGGAAUACGCUUGUUCCUUGAAGGCAAGAAAUGCAAUAGGCUGGCUAUACACUUGCAACACCUAGAAAAUACAAGGACUUCGGUUGGGGAAAAGAUCACAGACAAUCAUAAAUGGAGAGGCUCAGACGAAAUCUCCGACAACAAUCGUUACUUUGAACCUUUAAACGGCAAGAAAUUCUCACACGUGUGUACAGCUCCAGUGAAGUACGACCCAAACUGGAUCACAACAACAACAAGAAGCAAAAACUCCCAAAACGACGUCGCUUACAUCGUCACCGGAGCACAGCUCGAAGUGAAAAAACACGGCUCAAAAUCCGUUCUUCAUCUCCGUCUCCGUUUCACCGGAGUCUCCGAUCAUUACGUCGUUCAGAAAGAUUGGGUCCAUGGACCAGGAACUUCCCAAAAAUCUGGAAUCUUCUCUUCCAUGAGCUUACCGUUGACCAGUGGGAGUGUUCAUCACAAUAUGGUCAACAACAAAGACAAAAACGAGGUCGUUUUGGACUCCGGUGUCUACCCCAAAGGACCUCCGGUGCCGACGAAUAACAAGAUUGGUAAAUUCGUCGAUCUCUCGCAGUUAUGUCGAGGGCCUCAACAUAGUCCUGGUCAUUGGUUAGUCACUGGAGUUCGACUUUACUUGGACAAAGGCAAACUUUGCUUGCAUGUCAAGUUUGCUCUGCUACAUCGCCAACGUCUUCUUCCCUCUUCUUGAUAGUAUAAUAUAUUUUUUUUUUCUUUUCCUCCGGAAUUGCGAAUUCAAAGGGUGUUUUCUUGAUUUUGUAGUGUGUAGAUAGAUAUAUAUAUAGAGGCUUGUGUAUGCGUGUUUGAUGGGCAUUGGCCCAUUCCAGAGAAAACUGUUUAUGUACAUACACUAUGUUGAGAGAUUAUUUGUAGUAAUUUUUUUUUUCCUUGAAA